CAGUCCUUGGUCUCCUGGACACAAGAUCAGAGCUGUUUCUACAUGUCUCUCUUCUAAAACUCCACUAUCUGUGUAACAGCAUAUCUGUUUUACCACUCUUAUUACAACCUGUUGACCAAUAAACCUGUUGAACUACAAAGAACAGUCUUCUUAUUUGGAAGACAGGGAUCGUUUAUACUGAAUGUCAGACUAUACACCGUGUGAACGUGUAGGAAGACAGAACAGUAAAACUGAUGCUAGUCACCAGUGUUAAGUGGAUCUGACUAUACGGAGCCGCAUCAGCCAUGCGGUCCUACGCACAUGAUUGCAGCGGCUGCCACACAGUCACAAGAAAUGAGAGUGUAGCCCCCAGCAAGCGCAGCACGAUCCAGUCACGUUGAAGUACGUUCUUACCUAGACUGAGCCUGCAAAGAGACACUAAGCAGCCAGCAACAGGUACACCAUGUCCACUAGCCAGGCAUGAACAUGCAGGACAAGGUCAUGAGCGAGCCACUCUAGCAAGUCCUCCAUAGUAGAAAUGGCUGCACUCGCCCGCGCAGAAGCUGAGGCUGCAAAAGUAAGGGUUUCCUUUGCGGCACAAGAGAUACAACUAAAGAAAGAGACAGCAUGCAUACAAGCAUCAUUGGAAAAGCUUGCAGCAGAGAAAGAAGUGGUAGCCAUAAUAGCCAAAGCAGAGUUUCUAGAAGCCAUGGACUUUUCCAAUUCUGAGAAGCACAGCCAAGUACUUGGACCAGACUUUUAUCUACAAGAUCCAGCACAGCACGUCUCAGAAUAUGUCUACCAGCAUUCCAAGACAGAUGACAACUAUGAUCCAGUAUAUCAGCCAGCAUAUACAGAGUGUCAAAGACCCUACCUUGAAUCUCAGUACUUCAAGAUAGAUGGUAUGCAACAAAGUGAUCCUGACCACAACUACUGCCCUACAGAACAAAAGCUGCAACCUUCACUUUGACUUAAAAGGGACACCCUUCGCAUCAGAAUGUUAUUAUACAGACUUUCCUAAGCCAGAAACUCCUAAAAGGUAUGAUGAUACACCACUCAUGCAGCAUAACCACAGCACACCAGGUAGUCAGGUAGUAUUGGUGCCAACCAAGCAGCCAUGGACUUUGCUAAGGGACUUGAUGAUCACCCUGAGAACUACAGGUCAUGGCGAGCCUCCUUCCAGAACGCCAUAAGGGACUUAGAUCUUUUUUGUAGUGAGGAGUUAAAUCUCUUGGUACAAUGGCUUGAAAGUGAAUCUGCUGAACACACCAAAAGAAUCAGAGACAUUAAUGUAAACUAUCCAGGCAAAGGCCUAAAGAUGGGAUGGGAAAGGCUUGAUGAAUGUUAUGGGUCAAUAGAAGCUAUAGAAAAUGCUAUAUAUAAAAGAAUUGAUACUUUUUCCAGAAUAGUGGGUAGGAAUUUCAAAAAGCUCAGGGAACUCAGUGACUUGUUAAUAGAGUUGCAGGUUGCUCAGGCAGAAGGAGAUCUACCAGGGCUAAAGCUCCCUUAUAACCUACAGGAGAAGUGGAUCACGCAUGGUUCUCAUUAUAAACAGGCUCAUAAUAUACCAUUUCCUCCCUUAAGGGUGUUUGUAGACUUUGUUGCUCAAUAGGCAAGGAUCAGAAAUGAUCCCAGUUUUGACUUUACACUGUCAUGUCCCACUACCCCUGGUGUCAAACCUUUCUAAAACACCAGUGGCAGUCCACAAAACUAAUGUUGCUUCCACAGGUUCUCCUUACAAGUCGUUCAAGUCUUCUCAACAAGGGAACAAACCCAAAGAUCUUACCAAACAAUGCCCCCUGCACAAGAAACCACAUCAUCUAAUGAAUUGCAGAGCCUUCAGGGAGAAGUCUUUAGGGGACCGCAAAGAAUUCCUCAAAGAGAACAACAUCUGCUUCAGGUGCUGCACUACAACAUCGCACUUCGCCAGGAACUGUAAGGUCAGUGUGACAUGCACAGAACACAACACGGCUUUACACCCUGAACCACCCUCUCAGGUGUCAUCCCAAGCAGAGGAGCAUGACAGAAAGCAGAUAGACACUGACACCACAGUAGUCACUUCUCCGUGUACAAAUAUCUGUAAAGGACUUGCAGGAGAGAAGUCUUGCUCAAAAAUCUGCCUUGUCAGAGUUUACCCAGCCGAUUUUCGAGAUAAGAUGAUCAAGGUAUAUGCAAUCUUAGAUGACCAAAGCAACAGGUCUUUAGCUAAAUCCGCCUUCUUCAACACCUUCAACAUUGUAGGGCCCGGUUCUCCCUAUUUCUUAAGAACAUGUGCAGGCACUGUUGAGACAGCGGGGAGGAAGGCAACUGGGUACAAGGUAGAGUCCAUAGAUGGUCAGACCUGCUUGUCUCUGCCAACCAUACUGGAGUUCAAUCACAUUCCUGACAACUGGUCUGAGAUACCUACACCUGAGGCAGCAGCACACAACCCCCACCUGAAGCGUAUAGCUCACCUGAUACCGGAGCUGGACUCAGAAGCCCCGAUAGUCCUACUCCUUGGAAGAGACAUACUAUGAGUUCACAAGGCUAGAGGACAGAUUAAUGGACCCCAAAAUGCCCCAUAUGCCCAGAGACUUGACCUAGGACGGGUCAUCAUAGGAUACAUCUGUCUAGGAGGGGCACACAAGCCGACCCCAGUUUACAGUAUGCUCACCAACACACUUGAAAAUGAAUGUCCUUCCUAUUCCAGCCAUGUCAGAGUAGUUUCCUAAUAAAAGAGUUACCACACAGUGCUCCUGUGCCUUGUCCUUACAUGGAUUCCUCCGUGAAGAUCACGCCUGUGAUGGUGAGCAAGAUCACUUAGGGUGCACAGUCUUCCACAGGACAAGAGAAGACAACAGGGUCGCAAUGUCCAUAGAAGACAGGCUGUUCUUGGAUAUCAUGGAUCAAGGAAUAGUAAAAGACAAGUCAAAAAGCUGGGUCACACCUUUACCGUUUAGACACCAGAAACGACGCUUACCUAACAACAAGGAACUUGUCUAAAAAUGAUUUAUCUCCCUCAGACACAAACUUCAGAGGAACCCAGAGAUGACAGAACAUUUCUUUACAUUCAUGGAAAGAAUAUUCCAGAACAACCACGCAGAGAUGGCACCCAUGCUCCAAGAUUUAGAAGAGUGUUGGUACUUACUCAUAUUCGGUGUUUAUCAUCUUAAAAAAACAGGACAGAUAAGAGUAGUAUUUGACUAAAGCGCCAAGUGUGAAGGUGUAUUGCUAAACGAUGUCUUACUGUCUGGUCCAGACCUCAACAACAGACUUCUGGAAGUACUUCUAUGCUUCUGCAGAGAUUCCGUAGCAUUCAUGGCCAACAUACAACAGAUGUUCCACUGCUUUUUUGUCAAGAAAGAACACAGAAACUACUUGAGGUUUUUCUGGUAUCCCAAAAACGACCCCAAUGAAGACAAUGUAGAAUACAGAAUGAGAGUGCACAUUUUUGGAAACAGUCCUUCCCCUGCAGUUGCUAUCUACGGUCUCAGACAUGCAGCCUGGGAGGGUAAAGCAAAGUAUGGGUCUGAUGUCAGGUCCUUUGUGGAAAAGGAUUUCUAUGUGGAUGACUGUAUGAAAUCUACACCCACGAAUGAGACCGCAAUCAGUCUCCUGAAAAUAUCUAAUUUGAGGUUGCACAAAAUCGCCUCCAACGGUCGUGAGUUAAUGGAGGCCUUCUCACCCCAAGACCACUCGAGUGGUCUAAAGGACUUGGAUCUUAGCAUAGACUCCCUUUCCAUGCAGCGAAGUCUUGGUAUGCUCUGGGAUUUAAAUGCAGACACAUUCACCUUCCAAAUCCGCAUAGAAGAAAAACCCUUCACACGCAGAGGAGUCCUGUCUACAAUAAAUAGCUUAUAUGAUCCUCUGGGAUUCGUAGUGCCUGUUACCAUCCAAGGUAAAAUGAUGUUAAGAGACUUCACAACAGAGAAGGCUGAUUAGGAUGAUCCACUUCCCAUAGAGAAAAAAGACCUGUGGACAGGAUGGAGAAAGUCUCUCGAAGCUUUGUCCAGCCUUCAGGUGGCACGACCAUAUGCUCCCGUGUCAUUAACUGUAGUCAAGAUACAAAGACUGUAUAUCUUCUGUGAUGCUUCAGUCAAGACGAUUGCAGCCGUAGCAUACCUAAAGACCAUAGAUGUCAGAGAACAAUGCCAUGUGGGGUUUGUUAUGAGUAGGACCAAACUGGCGCCACUCCGCGAGCACACGAUACCCAGACUGGAACUCUGCGCUGCUGUGCUUGCAGUGGAGCUGGCUUAACCUAUAACAACAGGACUAAAUUUGGAAAUCGUGGAAGUAGAGUUCUACACGGACAGUAAGGUAGUCCUAGGAUACAUUUGCAAUGAAAUGAGACGCUUCUACGUCUAUGUCAGCAAUCGGGUGCUAAGGAUCAGGAGAUCCACUUGUCCUAAACAGUGGCACUGUGUUCACACACCAUAAUCCUGCAGACCAUGCAACUAGAUCUGUCGCAGCAAGCCACCUUAAGCACACAACAUGGUUUACGGGUCCUGUAUUCCUGUACCGUUCUAUGUCUUGCAACAUUGAAUCUGACUAGUUCAACUUAGUAGACCCAGAUGUGGAUGAAGAAAUCCGACUUGUAGUAUCUGUUCUACGUAUGGUAACUUCGGACCACCAACUCAAAUCUCAUCAUUUCGACAGGUUCUCUACCUGGAGGUCACUUGUUCGUGCUAUAGCCUAGUCAACAUUACUUGUGGGCCAGAAGCCAUGCAAAGGUUGGCAUCACUGUAAGCACACAUUUACCAUUCCAAAUAUGGAAAGGUCCAAAGAAAUAAUAAUUUGCACUAUACAAGGUGAAUGUCAUGCUAAAGAAAUAGACUACCUUAGCAAAGGCCAAACAGUCUCCAAGGAUAGCGCUUUGCAGAAGCUUGAUCCCAUCAUUGACCAAAACGGGUUGCUAAGAAUAGCAGGCCAUCUUCAAGAAGCCAAAGUGGAAUUAAGGGAGAAACAUCCUGUAAUAAUUCCCGAAAUUCAUCACGUCACGACUUUGCUCGUGUGGCACCAUCACGUUCAAGUGAAACGUCAGACCUGGGGAUGUCGUGCUCAUUAAAGACAACCAGUUGCAUCGGAAUGAGUGGCCAUUGGGCUUCAUCACCAACACAUUCCCAAGCAAAGAUGGGAACGUACGCAAAGAUGAAGUCAAAGUGUGGAAGCUUGGCAAGUGCAAGUUAUUCCUCUUGAACUUGUUUUGUUGUUUUCACCUGAUCUACCUAAUAGUGGCGUCAGUUGACGCCAGGCGAGGAGUGUUCUGCCCAACAGGUUUUAGAACCAUUUACAAUUUGCAUUCUGCCUGUCACUAUAUCUGAGAGUUCAUUAGCGGGGUUACCAUCUAGUGGUGGUAAGUUGUAUUACACCUUGUUUUUCUUGUUAUAAGAAUUCUGCCUUGUGGGUGGUGCUAUGCAUUGUGGGUUGUUGCAAGGCAUUCUGGGAAGAAGAAUGGGCAGUCCUUAGUCUCAUAGCUCAUAGAUCAUAGCUACUUCUACAUGUCUCUCUUCUAAAACUCCACUAUCUGUGUAACAGCAUAUCUGGUGAGUCAUUUACCUCUGUUACUAGGUCAUUAUAGUAUCCAGAGCUGUGCAGUUGAUUGUAUUACUACUCAGGGAAGUUAACUGUGUAGAUGUUAGACUGUUAGCUAGCCAUGCAAUCCUAUGUAUACGCAGCCAUUUUACCAUGUGCUUCACUGUUAUGUAAUGUAUGAUACAUGCAGUACUUAUACAUGUCAAUUUUUAUUCCUAUAGUUUUACCACUCUUAUUACAACCUGUC